CUAGCGCUCACUGUCAGCCGCAGAUCCUGACGGGCAACCGUCGACGUUCUGGACGACGGUUGAAUAGAACAUGGUUUAUCACAAUCUCAAGGCCCUUAUCAAAGGAAUCCGAUCAUGCAAGACUGUAGCAGACGAACGUGCUCUUAUCCAGCAAGAAUCCGCUGCGAUUCGUGCCUCUUUCCGAGAGGAAGACUCGUAUGCUCGACACAAUAACAUUGCAAAACUUCUUUACAUACAUAUGCUGGGUUCACCAGCUCAUUUCGGACAGAUUGAAUGCCUUAAACUCGUUGCAAGCCCUCGGUUCUCAGACAAGCGAUUGGGAUAUCUAGGAAUAAUGUUACUCUUAGAUGAGAGUCAAGAGGUCCUCACGCUGGUCACCAAUUCAUUGAAAAACGACAUGAAUCAUUCCAAUAUGUAUGCAGUGGGACUUGGGCUCUGCACAUUCGCCAACAUUGCCUCGGAGGAAAUGUCGCGUGAUCUAGCGAACGAGAUAGAGAAGUUGUUAGGUUCUAGUAACACCUACAUACGGAAGAAGGCGGCUUUGUGCGCUCUCCGGGUGAUCAAGAAAGUUCCCGAUCUCACAGAUCACUUUACCACACAAGCCAAAAACCUCCUUACAGAUCGAAACCAUGGAGUUCUACUUACAGCGAUCACCCUUGUCACCGAGAUGGUUCAAGUCGAUGCAGCCGUUCUCGAUGAGUUUCGCAACGCCGUCCCACUUCUCGUACGCCACCUCAAAUCACUUGUCACAACGGGCUAUAGUCCUGAACACGACGUCUCCGGGAUAACUGAUCCUUUCCUUCAAAUAAAAAUCAUCCGGUUACUCCGGCUUCUUGGGAAAGGCGAUGAAAGGGCAAGCGAACUCAUGAACGACAUACUGGCUCAGGUUGCAACCAACACAGACUCAACGAAGAAUGUGGGAAACUCCAUUCUUUACGAGACGGUCCUAUGUGUACUUGACAUAGAAGCUGAUUCUGGCUUGCGAGUCAUGGCUAUUAACAUUCUAGGAAAGUUCUUAAGCAACCGAGAUAAUAAUAUUCGAUAUGUUGCUCUCAAUACACUCAAUAAAGUCGUCGCAAUGGAUACAAAUGCGGUUCAACGGCACCGGAACAUUAUAUUGGACUGUUUACGCGAUGGUGACAUUUCUAUUCGACGAAGAGCCCUUGAACUAUCAUACGCCCUCAUCAACGAACAGAAUGUCCGGAUAUUAGUCAGAGAGCUGCUGGCAUUCUUAGAGGUUGCAGACGAUGAAUUCAAGUUGAAUAUGACGACACAAAUAUCCCUAGCUGCAGAACGUUUCGCUCCAAAUAAGCGAUGGCAUAUAGAUACUGUCUUGAGGUUUUUAAAGUUGGCAGGGAAUUUUGUUCGGGAAGAGAUACUCUCAGCUUUUAUUCGACUCGUAGCACACACACCAGAACUACAAGCGUAUACAACGUCCAAAUUGUACACCGCUCUCAAUUCUGAUAUAUCCCAAGAAUCAUUAACACUCGCCGCAACUUGGCUGAUCGGGGAGUACAGUGAUAUUAUCAUUGAGGGUGGUCUUGUGAAUGAGGAGAAUCCCAAGCCGAUAGCGGACAAGCCACUUGUAGAUCUUCUCCUCUCAAUCCUAGAUUCUCCGUAUGCCAAUAUCCUAACCCGACAAUACGUCCUCGCUGCCAUAACGAAGAUGGCAUCGCGCUCGACAACCUCCCAGCCACAGAAGGAGCGCAUUGCAGAGGUCCUUGACCAGUACACAACAACCCCGGAGUUAGAGUUGCAGCAGCGAGCUGUUGAAUUUGCUAGCCUUUUCCAUUUAGGGGAACUUCGCGAAGGUGUUUUGGAACGAAUGCCUCCUCCUGAACUGAAAGCCACUGUCAUGGGUGUCGUCAGUGAAAAUAAACCUGUCGGUUCGAGCACGGGAGGUGACCUGAUCGGUCUUGACGAGGCUACCUCCCCGACAACGAACGGCAUAAGCAACACUGGCUCUCACGGUCUUAUUGAAGAUAUCUUCCAUACUUCUGGGCCCUCAGGUUCUGGCGCGUCUUCCCCCGCUCCACAAUCACAAAAGUCGACUAUAGAUGAUAUUCUUGGUCUCUUUGGUACCCCCAGCACCUCGUCAACAUCCGUUGGUGGACUUAAUUCAGCAUCCUCGCCACCUUCAGGAGCUGCAGCCGAUUUAUUGUCUUCGCUCUCCCUAUCUCAGUCGACAUCUCCCGCGUCUCCAACUUCACCGGCACCAGCACCAGCACCAGCACCUGCCGUACAACCAGCAACAUCAAGGCUAACGCAGUAUACUGCAUAUGAAAAGCAUAACUUCAAGAUCACUCUCACCCCACAGACAUCAGCAGCCAAACCUGGAGUCGUAAUGAUUCUUGCCAGAUUCCAAGUAACUGGCUCGUCGCCUGCAACCUCCAUAGCAUUCCUGGCCGCUGUCCCUAAGUCCCAGCAACUACAGAUGUUGCCAAUGUCUAAUUCCUCCGUGAAUCCGGGUGCAACGGAAACUCAGCAAAUGCGUGUAGUAGCGCCCGUUGGGAGCAAUGUGCGACUCCGUUUGAAGAUACGCUACUCGAUAGAAGGACAAGAAAUAGAGGACACGGCGGACUUUUCUGGUUUCCCGCCUGGGCUAACGGGUAGAACCUAGUUUCAUUCAUCUGAUGAACGGUUGUACUGUACUGUACUCUAAUUGUGACAAAACCGCC